UUUAUUUAUUUAUUUUUUUACAUUCAAGGGGCUAUCUUUCAAGCUGGGAAGGUAAAUAUUACCGACACUUCCCAAAACAACCAUGGCUGCCAAGCCGUUUCUUUCGAAACUCAAUUCCAGGGUUCGGGAGAUGUAAAGGUGUUCGCGACGCUCAGUCACGGAAACAAAUAUGUUAAAAUCCACGACCCAGCGUCUCUUUGGGUGAAGUCGGUGUCAACAACAGGUUUUGAAGCCUGCGUGCGCGAAGCAGGAAGUGGCUCUGGUGGAACGUCUGUGAUCAACUGGCUUGCAUUUCAAGGUUCGCAUCAAGGCAUACACUCAGGGAUCGUGGAAUUCAAUGAAUUCACGUCACGAACACAGUGCAAGAAGAUAUCGCUAAGCAUUCAGAAGCAGGUAACUUCGCAACGUCAUCCAAUUCAUUCAUUUAGUCUUCCAUGUUAGUUUUAAAGUCAAUACUCACGAAAAACUCAUAACUCAACUUCGACCUUAAGGGACAAAAAUAACGAAAACGCACGUGACUUCACAUCAGUAAAAUUAAAAAAAAAAUGGCCUUGUUUUGUAAAUUGUUUAAAUACUAUGACUGCAAAAAUCACCAAAAAAUGUAAUGGUUAUAGUGCUCCAUGAUGAAAGUUGUUUGAUAUCUUCUUCAUGGCUCUGCAGGAACAUUUAAUGCAUGGAUAAAUGGACACAGUGAUUACUUCAGCACAGAAUUGCGAAGUGGCCUAAAGCAGCAAUAUCAUCGUGGCAUAUCCCCUUUAACAAGAAAAGGGCUUAGCACUAUAUGAAUCGUCCGUUUUUUUUUUCCUAUGUUUUGUUUGCUGUUCAAGAGUCUCCUACUAAUACUCUGGCAAAUCGCCGCAUGCAAAACCGAGUAACUCUUCAAAGCCGAAGUGAAGUCGAUACUUGAUUAUUUUCCGAAUCAACAAUUGUUGUGAAGCUAUAAUGGCCAUGAGCUUGUCAUAACGUCAGUCCAUAACGUUAAGCACUGUUAAUCCGGUCGUCUUCGGGGCAAAGGACGAUAAUCAUAUUUAAGGUCAGUAUGUGCAUGUACUUAUUGGCUGAUUUUUUCUCUUCUUUUAGAUAAAACCUCAAGUGUUUGUAACCGUUCAACAUAAACACUCUAACCGUCCUUUUGAUUCCAUGAACAUCUGGCUAGAAGAGGUCGAAGCAGACGGCUUCGUUGUUUGCUUGAGAGAGUUUAUGAGUUUCGACGGUAUCCAUACCGGACUUAAAGUGGUGAGUUUUAAAAAAUUAGCCCAAUCUUCGACUAUUACGUUUUUCUUCGUCCUUACUUGUUAUCAAUUAAAUUUAAAAUUAAAUCUGAUUGUAUGGAAGCUAAUUAAAAACCUGGUGGUUAGUUUGGCCUCCCCUUAUAAAUUACGUAAAAAUUAUAUUAGAAGAAUUAUUGUUAUACCUAACCCAUAAAUGUUUUGAAACCGUAAAACUCUGAAUUUGCUUUGCAAAGACAGCCUGACGAAAGGGGUGGAGGGGUGGACUGGAAGUGAAAAAGGGGGAAGGAGGGCGCUGAUCAGGGAGCGGGGUUCUUUCAAAGAGCGGCUUUUCAGCCUUAACAAAAUAUCGCCCCUGCUGCGCAUGUGCAGCAGGCGUUUUGAAAAGAAAGAAAGUUUUCUUGUAGUCGCGCAUACAAACUACCCUCGUCAUUUCCCUAAUACAUUCUGAGAUGAAACUUUAGGGUUCACUUCAGCCCGGUGCCGUUGGCUUUGAGGCCUCCUAACACUUUAAUGUUGAAUAAAAUUAAAACCGUUCAAGCUAGGACCAUCAAACUUGGCGACUCUUGCUGAUUUUUUCUAGAUUUACUAUUAGUGAAUUAUUAUAUCACACUUAAUUUAGCAUUAUUUACGUAGCUGUUAAUAUGAUCUAGGCUUUUAGUGACUAGUUUGGAAACAUUAAUUGAAUUUAAAAUGGCCAACUAGCAGGAAUAAAUGGAAUUAAUUUAAAUAAUUCAAAAUGGCAGAUCCAAAAAGGCAUAUCGUCUCAAUAAGAAAUGACGUCAUCAUGUUGUCACUUCCAUUGUUAAAGAUGAUCAAGUUGUCAACCAUCAUCAUGAUUUUUAAGUAAUUUAAUUAUUUUUGCUUAAUGGCUACAGAAACAAUUGAUAAGCUAUGGGUUAAGACAAUAAAUGCAACAAGGCGACAUUAGUUACGUCAAAUUACGUUAUUGUGUCAAUCACAUUACUCGUACUUGUUGGAAUGAUGAUUACACUAUUUUGUGCAAAUUUAGUGGCUGUAUCAUGAGUGGUUAUAAACUUCUCUAAGGGGCCUUCCCCCUCCAGUUCCCAGGGAGCCCAAAAACGCCCGAUCCGAAUAGUGUUAAAUAUAGGUCAUGGUAUUUUGCUUCUUUCUUAGACUGCAGAUACGAAUUUUUCUCAGGGUUCCCACCGUCAGGUUAAGUUUUCUUAAAAACCCAGAAGGAAAGACGUUUAAUGCUGUGACUGUUACUUGCGUCCACCUUUUCAGAACUGGCUUGCUUAUGAUUUGCUACCUGAGGCUUGGAAUUUUACUGAGCAAGGAAGGCUUCAUUUUUCUGGACUUGGUGCACCAAAGAAAGAGAGCAAUUAUGCCUUUUGUCAGGUUGGAAAUAUGACGUUUAUUAAUGAUACAUUCAAUUUUUUAUUGACUUAACCCUCGGACGUACAAGGGGGGGAUGGAUACCACCCACCCAUAUGGUUUUUCUGAGUUUUUCCCAGAGGAUAAAAUGUCAGUACCAGACGUUUUCAGUUCGUUAAUCCCUCGCGCACAUUUUGAGACAAGUUUAGUGAUGGUGAGUUGCUAUGGUUACGAUAUAUGACGUCAGAAGUAGCGGGUGGUCAAGCCAAUUUUGGGUGAAAAUACAUGUUUUUUCAACUUCUUUCAACAAUAAAAGUAAAUAUUGUGGCUAAAAUCAUACAAAGUGCUUGUUUGUGUUAUUUGUCAUUUAAAGCACAAAAAAUUACCAUUUCAUGCAGUUUUAACCAGAUUUCUAAUUCUUGGUAAACUCCAAGAUGGCGACCAUUGUUGGUGACGUCACAGGCCUUCAGCAGCGCCACCAGCCCUUAAAUAUACCUCAUCUUGUUUAAAAGAUCAAAGGCUUUCCACUAAAGAUAAAAUGGUUCAAAAUACUGAAACAUAUCAAAAACACCGGGGAGGGGUUCCAUCCACCCCCCCCCCCCUUGUACCUGAAUUUGCAUGUACGUCCGAGGUUAACUUACAAACUCAAGCCUUUAAACCAACGUGGUUAACAAUCAACGUUUGUGUUUUGUAUUUCUCAUUUCUUUGACACUGUAGCAUCGGCGUAUUGUGCAUUUUUGAAAUAAGAAUUUAAGUCCAACAAGAGAUAAGACCUUCUUGAUCAUCAAUGCGUUGUUCACAAGAGUUGUGUUUUAGAUUUGUUGACUGCAACGUGUUCAGGAGGUGCAUUCACUAUUAGAUAUAUUUUAUAGACCUAGAGUUUGCCUAAUCAUUUUCUUAAUAAACUGGGACAAUAUCACUUUCUUCAAAAGGAUCAAAGGGACAAUAUUUCUUUAAACAGUCAGGGAAAAUUAUUGUGUUUGGUAAAUCAUGAUUUAUAGGAUUAUAAGUUUGAGAAUCCAUUCUACGAGCCGCCCAAUAUUCUGGCAUCUGUCGGCCAUGAAAAUGUCACCAGGGAACUGUCAAUGAAGGCAGAUGGUCGCUAUAGCAACGCUUUGACUGUCUGGAUUGAGGUGAGUAGCUUUGAAGACACAUAAUAAAUUGAAACUGUUUCAAAGAUUUGCUGAUUAAAAUAGCUACCUUCGCUAAAGAGUAAAGCACUUAUAACUAAAGAAGAAGUUCGAAGUGGCACUUAACACUUUACGGCAAAUUCAAGCAAUAACUUGAAUCAUCAAGCUGAUUGUCAUUUCCCGUACUCAUUUUCACUUGAUGAUUCUUUUUAACGGAGGCUCUAUGGGUUCAUGGUUUAAAAACGGUCACAUCUGUAGAUUGUAAUUGGUUGAUUACGAUCCAUUCUUUUUUUAUUAUUAUUAUUUAUUUCCGUGGUGAUUAUGACUGAAAACUAACAUUCUCGGAAUGUAUUGUUCUUUUCAUGUAAUCCGAUUGGUCAACUUUGUCUAGAUGGCCUCGGUUAUAGUAGUCACACUGCAACAGACAGCAGCGUCCAUUAUAUAACCGUGAGAACUGUACGUCCGUUUAAACGAUUCAAAGUUGCUCUUGUUCUUAUUGCCUAACUGGACGCCCCUGUCUAAAAGCUAACAGGUCAAUACAAGCUUUUUAUUUAUUGGUAUAUUUGAUGUUGUAUUCCAGGAGAUCACUCGUUUGUCUUUCAAAGUGUGCAUCAAAGACAGUCAGGGAAUGAGCAAGUCUCACGAUCCAGUUACAGUGGACUAUGCUAUAGUGGGAGGUACAUUACUCUUAUAUUUGCUUAUUCUUUAAAUUCAAAGAUUUGUCUCUCAUAUUGAUUCGCCCUACUGUCAAGGAAUUUGGCCGUUGGGUCAAACGUCGAAUUGAAGAAAUGAAUUCGAAUAAGAAUAAAAAACCAUGAUCAAAUGUCGAAGAAAGAAGUUAUAAAAAAAUGACGUUUAAAUAAGGACAGCAUCGUAUUGAUCGCCUUUUCAAACGCUUUAAUAAUUUGUAGAAAAAGUAACUGCCCAUUUCCUGUCUUUUUUGCCAUCAAUUUUCUUCACAGGAAAAACAAAGCAAAAUUUAAAAAAAUUAAAAAGCAGUUGCGCUCUCAAAGGAUGUAGGACGUCAGGUCAAUUUGCUAUUCAUGCAAGUGCUGAUUUUCUUGUUGUUUUUUUACCCUAAAGAUAUAGACCCGUGCACAAACGUUACUUGCGAUUACCAUGCCAUCUGCAAAGCUUUCUCUGCAUUUGAUGCCCGUUGUGUUUGUGAUGACAACUGCCCAUCGUACGAGGAGCCAGUGUGUUCAUCCAACUCGACAACAUUUAAGAACAAGUGCUUUUGUCUGCUGGACAUUUGCAGGCGCAAGAGUAACCACACUCUCUAUCAUCCCGGUAGCUGUACAGGUAAGAGAGCGGAUUAUAAGGUUUUUUUAAAACCACCUUAACCAGCGUAUGCAGAGCUCUAGUGUUAUGAGAUAUGGUCCGGCUGAUUACUUAUAACAUCACUCAAUAUGGCGGCCAUCUCGGGCGCCAUCUUGGAAUUCCGUUUUAAGCACAUGGCAUUUUCCGUGCAUCUGUAGGUCUAAAAUUGAUCAUGAUUAAAUACUAUUUUGCUUAUUUUGGUACUGUUUUGAAUGCAAUAAAGUGCCAAUUAUAUAGUGCCACUAUAUGAUUGUCUGAUUGUACAAUCAGCUUUUAAUUUACUUCCUCGCAUAUAGAAAGGAUUUUAUACCUUUUUUUUUCUCAUCCUCAUCAGGUAUUUGUAGGAUGCAUCUUUUUUUGUCUUUAUGUUAACUUUAUGGCUGUUGUUGUUUUUUUGUUUGUUUUUUAUCGCUUUCAGCUCUAAUUAGCUUUGUUUUUCUUCUAUGUUGUAUCUUCUUUUUCUUGUUGUUCCUCGACAGGUUUUCCUGUUCAGACUGGGCGAGUUUCACUGAGGAGACAUGUACAGUGGGCAGAGACGGCCUGUGAAGUAGUGAAAUUUCCACCGUUUUCAUUCUAUCCGGACAAAGAAGUGCACGUACAAAUAACGACCAAUCACUGGAACAUAAGCGAGAAAAAUUUUGUACAUGAUGCUACUGUGUCCUGGGUGGAAACUGUUAACUUCGAGAAUUUUGAGGUGAAUAUUUUAAAAGGAAGUGUUCAAUUCAAGUAUUACUUCAAGUAGUAAUUAGUGAGCCUUUGUUCAUUUGUCUUACAUCGCCAAGAACUCUUGUUUACCUGUCAUAUUUCUGGUCGGUAAAAUACUAUUUAAACAUAUUUUAUUUUCACAACGAGUUACUAGCGGAGUUUUCGCGUGUUGCGCGCGCAGAGGAACACUAUGGGUAGAAAAUUUGGUUAUCUAUGUAUCCAAGAAAUUUUGGUUACUAACAAAAUCGUGCGUACGUACGUAGGACCGCGUCUUCAUGUUAACGGAUGUGAAAUGUCUUACUAGCUGUAAGUCUAAAACAUAUACAAAUUGUGUUUAACUCGAUUUUGGACAUCCAUGUUAUAAUCAAUUGACAGCUGUCAAAGUAGGGUAUCCGCAGACCAGAGUCACAUGACUUUAUCGCGGGCUCAGGUGUGCAACUUAUUGAGAUGACGGGUUUUUUAAAGUUCUCCGCUGACCGGUAACAGAAUUCAAGAGUUCGCAGGCUUAGAAAACUUUACUACAGGAAGUAAGUUACCACGAGAGUUUCGCUUUUGGCCUUGGCUAAAUCUAUAUAUUAUCUUACCAUAUAAAAUAAACAUUAGCCAUUACAUUUUAUCUUUAGGUGUGCGUGACUGCAGCAGGAAGAAAUGAUCGCUUUAUCAAAGAAUUUGCCACGGUGGACUGGAUGGCCUACCAAGGUGCUCCUGAUGGAGGUGUGGCGGGUAAAAUGCGCAUUCCAGAAUGGUGGACUGGAUCACAGUGCUCAAAAGUCAGCCUUCCUCAGGCAAUAACACUUUAUUGUUACCUCUCAGCUGCAUCUUGUUUCGUUGCAUAAACCAUAAAAAAUAAUGACCUUUAAUUAAGUUUUCAAUAAGGUGAACAUUUGAUAUGCUGAUGUCAUAAGUACUAAAACCUCCAGUUGUUAUCCAAUCAAAGAUAUUGUACUUGGACUUGGAGACAUGAGCUGCAAAGAGGCAGCCCAGUUCUGUCCGCGAAAUUCGUUCUGACACAUAGGCCAUUUUUAAACGUUUUUCAAUUCUUACACUAUUUGUCAGAGGGGGGAGAUAUUCUUAAAAAAAGCAUUAUUUGAUACAAAAAAAUAUAGGAGAAAGAAACUUGUACGGUCUAGGGCUAAAUUUGACAGUCGCGUUCAGACACCUGACCACGAUCCAAUGUCCUAUGAGCGUCCCGAUCAUGUGAAAUGUCAUUUAUUCCAAAUUUUACAUGCUAUUCUCCCAAUCAGCUUUGCUGUGUAUACUUAAUGAUUACCAAUUCAACUUUCUUACUGUUAUGAAUGGUUUUUUUAACAGGGAAAAUUUGCGUCUACACCAACGGUUCUGGUUACAGCAGAACAUAUAAGUGCAGACUUUAAGCAUGAUGCCGCAAGUUUGUGGGUGGAAAACGCAACCAGUUCGUCCUUUUACAUUUGUCUUCGAGAACUGCAGAAUUAUGAUGGUCUACAUGAAGAUAUCUUUGUGGUAUAUGUUUUCUCCUUUAUAAAUAUAUCUGUCUGGCGUUUGCUAAAUCUUGGCUAAAGAAAUUUCAAGUGCAUUUUAACAAUUUGAUAUCUAAGUCGAAUGGAAAGUAGUUACAAAAUACCAGCUGACAACUUUACUGCUGGCAACAGACGGUGAAUUUUUCUCCCAGAAGAAAGAGGAUUUUGGGAUAAAAUAAACAACAUCUGAAACGUCCAGAAAUUAUAACCUUUUAGUCAGCCAAACCAUGAGGCCCCAUAGGCAAGUGUCUGCCGAAAACAGAUUAAGAAGCCACAAUAUUUGAGCACAGAAUAGGCUUUCUAAGACAAAAUCACCUAAACUAAAUACUUGUGAAGCGUUUCUUUUUAUGCUUGAUACCGUAACCUGGCAACACGAGCUCAACCACAUACCUCAAUUUUGUUUGUCAACGCUUUCGGUAAAUCACACAAUAUUAAUUUCGUGGCAAUCACAGAACUUCCAAAAAACCACUCGUAAUAUUUCCACAUUUAACACGGGCGAAAUUACUCGUCAAAUUACUCGGAAAAACUGUCGCAUUCUGCACAUAAAUCGUCGAUUGAAACUUUUCUCGAGUCACACAGUCGAUUUAUUCAAGAUCCUGGAUGUAAACCAGCGGUUGAAAAGGAGACAUGGAGCCCCCGCCUUCCAAACAAUUUUUUGACGAAGACGUCUUUGGCCUGGUCAGAGAUCAGCAUCAAUUUCCAUCUCGCCGGAUAAAUUUCACCCCUAGAACCUACUUUGUGGGGCCAAAGACUUUUUGCUGCCAACAACAAAGCUCGCAAUAUCCAAUCUUUCCUUCUCAAACCCGGGAUCAGUCUUUCAUCCGUGUAGCUAAAUGAGACGAAGUACGAGAAGACGUAGCAGACUUAAUCGUGAGACGUGUUCCUUCGUAAGGUUUCAUGACGCCUUCUGGAAAGCUUUGCUUAAGGCAGCCACAAAAAACUCUAAGAAUGCUCACUAAGAGAGCCGUGUUCAGUCUAAAACGCGCGCUGAUUUCAAAGUGGCAUACAGAGAGAAUUAUAUAGGGAGUUAUGAAAGGCCUUUUUUUAGCGGGGGAGGUUGUAGGUUAAUAGCCAUUGAGAAACUCAUGACAGUCUAAUGCAGUGCAUUAUUCAGCCAACAAAUUCAACAAUAUGACGUUGUAAUGACGUCAAAUAACGUCAUUGUGACAAUCAAAUUAUGCCUAGACAUUGGAAAUUUUUUUAUUCUGUGUAAUUUUGGUGGCCGUAUCAUUAGAGGUUUUAAAGUUAUAGAGGGGAGCCUCGAAAGCCAACCCACCCCGCUCGCAGGGAGCAAAAAAAAAAACGCUCUGAAUAGGGUCAAUGAUAAUAUACGUGAAAUGAGCUCUCGCAAGCAUUGUGGAUACAAGUUACAAAUCGUUUUUCGGGCACAUGGCUCAACUAUUUUUACACAGGAUUUAGGUAUGAGAUAGCAAUCCAUUUUUGAUUGCUAUCCCUCUUUUUAGAGUUGGAUGGCCUUUGAAACAAUCCACAGGCCCCUUUUCGCUGAGAGCAAACACGUGGAUUUUCCAAACAACAAUUCCGUUUCUACAAGCUACAAUGGUGCAUUUUGCAAGGUAAGACGCAACUUUACAUUUAAGCAGAAGAAAGCUCUUUAUCUUUUUAGAUGGAACAGUAGACUUGCUACAAGUCCACCUCUCGGCGAGGCCGCGAAGCGACCUACUGAGCGACAAAGUCGCGCGAGAGAUCGACCUUCAUCCCGCGCCAUAUUAAAUCCGACGAAGGACUUUUUUGAAAGUGUAAUGGAACAGCAGAGAAAAGCGGCUAUCAAAUAAGUACAUUUAGGCAUCUUAAAUCAUCUUUACGGCUGUAAAACUCCAGAUUUUAUCUCAACUUAAUAAAUAGGAGUAAAAACGAAGAAAGUCGACGAUGAGUAAUUUCACAUCUAGUUGCCAUAUCAUGUCAUCAUGAUCUUUCAAAAGAAAAGAGAUGAAAGGAACUUGUUUUAUGAACGUUCAUCACCUAUAAUAUGACUAUGCGUUGAUCAGGAAUGGAUGGUGUUUCAAAUUUUAUAUCAACAGCCAUCUUUUUAUGUCCUUAGGACGUCCCAUUUGCAAAGAAUUACGACAACGAACCCAUAGUAUUAAUAGCAGCCGGUCACAACUCAGAAGGCAACAAUUUGAAGCCAAUAUACAUGUCCGUGACCCCAUGGAUUGAGGUAUUCUCAAAUUAUUUAACUAAUACACAACAAAAUUUCUUCAAAAUAAGUGACAUCAAGCUGACAGGGUUGAUAGGGAAUGCGCAAAUGAGCUAAAUUUCACCAAGGUCUGUUCAUGCAAUCUUUUUAUCAGUGACAGUCGCGCAGCGAAACAUUCCAUCUAUUUGUCUAUCUGUUAUUCAAGGUCAAUUUCCCAUGUUCUUUUUUUGUUUAGAUAGGGAAAUGACUCAGUUACAGGCUGUUAAGCGAAAGUCUCUUUAAGUUGAGCUAUUAUUGUUCUUCUAAGGUAAAUAUGAUAUGAUGAUAUGCUUAUUUUACAGCAUAUCAAGACCAGCGAAUUUCGCAUUUGUCUCAAGGAGUUGUUCGCUGACCAGCAUGAUCCUGUGACUGUCUCCUACACAGUACUAGCAGGUUAGUAAAUAAUAAAAACAAAUUUAAUAAUUUCUUUGCGAAGACCUUCUCAUGCCGCCCAGCGAUUGUUAGAUGGAACGAACCAUACGCUAAUUUGGGUUGACCAUACUCACGUUAAGAUCUCGUCUAGAUCUGCUGGGUCAGACGUCGAUCUUUAUAUAUAGGACGCAUCGAGCCAAUCAUGUGAAUCAGAUCAGUAAUAAAAUUAUUUUCCCCCGAACGAUUUUAUAUACAUUAUGCAACAAUUUUUUAAAUUUAUUAGUUUAGUUCAGGGCUUGUGAAGAUCGACGUUUGUACCAGAGACGAUCUUCGGACGCUCUGCCCGUCUGAACAUGUUGGACGAUCCAAACUCAUUCAGACUAUCUUAACUGAGUCAGAAGUAAAACGUUUGAUAAACUUAACUCACUAAGUUUGGUUCGUCUCAUGAAAAGUUCGACGUCUGGCCUAUAUGCCUUAUUUUCUCUUCGUUUUGCACUAUUUACUUCACACAAAUUUUUUUGUAAUAUUGCAGAUGUAUGCAAACCGGGCUGGUCAUAUUUUAAUGGUAUUUGCUACGCGACAAGCCAUUCAUGCAAGAAUUGGACCGAAGCAGAGAAAAUCUGCCAGGCAUACAGCGCCAACCUCAUCACCGUACGGAAUCAAGAAGAAAACGUUUAUAUUCAGCAUCGGCUGAAUGGUGCUAAGGGCUGGAUUGGUCUAAACGAUAGGGUCACAGAGGGCAAUUUCACCUGGGCAGAUAAUCAAACCAAUAAUUUCACAUACUGGGCGAAAAACCAACCAAACAACUUCAACAAUGAAGAUUGCGUUCACACAUUAGGAGUCAGACAUAGUUUUAAGUGGAAUGAUGUGAGGUGUGAUACAUGCCAUAACUAUACCUGCUCAGAAGGUUUGUGGGUGACUUACCUCUUUUCUAUAAUAAUAGACGAUGUUCAUCGUUAUCGUCAUCAUCAUCAUCAUCAUCAUCAUUGUCAUCAUCAUCAUUACCAUUAUCAUUGGUUCCUAUUCAAAAGCCAUUUGCGAUUUGCACCAAGCUGAUUUUUUAAAUCGAAGUCAACUUCAAAGUUUUUGUUCACAUGUGGAAAUUGUUCUCUAUUCUCAUUCAAAUAAACUCCUUCCUCUUGCAAUGUUUCGCACUUAAACUCAUUUUCUAUGCAUCAUCAUCAUCAUCAUCAUCAUCAUCAUCAUCAUCAUCAUCAGCAGCAGCAGCAGCAUUAUUAUUGUUAGAUGUCAUUCAAGAAGCCAUUUACAAGUGUUUCUCAUUAAAUUUUUUCUCUCAUUUUCUCGUGCCAACGAAACUCCGUCGUCAUGAAAGGUUUAGCAGUUGAACUCAUUUUGCAUGUGAGCGAUUCUAGGAAAUUAAAAAUGGUCUUUAAGUUAACGCCGCCAUGCGUUAAGUGUCAUUGAUACGUAAAUGGAACGUUUUCCUUUCUUGUUGCCAAAAAGAUCUAGGCAUACUGGCAUCUUACCAAUUUGCACCUUGACAAGUGCUUUGAGUUUGCUGCAAAUCUGUUAGUUAUCGAAACGUUCCAAAGGGAAUGGAUUGAAGGAUUAGUUUAAAAGACAGUCAGGAACUAGAAAAUUAGAAAAUCACUAGAAAAUCAAAGAAAAUCAGUGACUAGAAAAAUUACACAUCGCAGAAAGAAUCCAAGAAGCUGACGCUUUUUGAUUUUUUUGAUUUAGUCCUUCAUCGUCAAGAGUUUUAACUGACUGAUCCAUGUGCACAUACAUUAAUUUAUAUUAAGUUCCUUUCAUUUUUGUUAAAAAAAGUUAGUUGACAAUCGAUUGCAGUUUGAUUGAUUGAACAAUUAUUGACUACUUGAUUUUUAAAUUAGAUUUCGAUGAAUGUGGAGGAAAUAAUAACCACUGCCACAAGAAUGCUGUCUGCACAAACACCAUUGGCUCCUACAAGUGCCAUUGCUCCGUAGGAUAUGCUGGUGAUGGCUUGGCAUGCACAGGUAUUAUUAUAUGCUCUGGAGCACCAAGUCUAUUUUUCCUAGAAAAACUACCGGUAGUUUUAUUAACAAUACUUUUGGCAAAGAAAAACGCUGAGAAACUAGAACAACAGGAUCUCCAGCACAAAAAUCUUGUUACAGAACAAGCAUGGCUUACCCAAGGUCGCCGUAGUAGACGUGCGUGAUAACAAACAACAAAAUAAAAUUGAUGGGCAAAAAGAACUUUACAAAAAAAGAACAUCAAGAGCUCGAUAAAACGUUUAGUCCAAAAAGGGCUCUAAUGGAAAGUAAAUUAGAAAGGCAGGGGCUCCAAAAACUUGUGUCGCAGAGUUGAUCUCCUCUCUAUUAGUAACGUCUGGGAAGCAGCGCCGAGAUUCUUAAUCUAGACCCCAAACGGACUCAACGAAUUAUCGGCAGUGCGUUUUGAAUUUUCCUUCAACAUGAUUGGCCAAUCGAGCAAUGGCUUAUUAACAAUCUAAUAAUGGGGCCUACUCAAAUCCUGGUACAUGCACACAGCUGGGAGCACAGAAAUCGGCGCUGGCUAGUAGACGGACUUAAUCAGAGUUUUUUGGUCUGUGUCGCAGGCUGAGGCUUUAAACGAAAUCAAACAAAAAUCAGUCAUUAUUGCUGACGGAGAAAAUUCUUGGCGAGCAGUCGUAAGCCUUUCGUGAUAGUGCCUCGAUAGCUGCGAUACAGACAGUAUUGUCCAGCAGCGUUAACAUGAAGACCAUCAGGUCAAUAUGGGUCAUAGUUUGAUGUUCACUCAAGACGGAAAAAUUGAUUAUUCGACUGUGGGACCCCUGAUGCACUGUAAAAGAACAUAAACAUUCCUCAAAAGGUAAAACAUCUCGGAAGCGCGCGGUCAAAAUUGUUCUUAUGGCCGAAAGCUAACCAACGCACAAAAGAAUGUCCCAUAACUAGAACUCAAGGAUUACAACGACGGCAUCGGAAUUAUCAUAGCAACUAAAUUACGCCAUUACCUAUUUUACUUGCAGUCAUAUUCUCGGCACUAAAACUGUUCUUCAAAAAUCCUUCACUGGAACUUAAUUCUUCCUCAAAUAGCCGCUUCGAUAUUCGUGAAUUUUAAGCGAGAUCUAUGAGAGCGUUAUCGAGAUAUUUUGGGUUGAUGUUUUUAUAAUUAGAAAUGGGUUAAAAACUGUACAAUCUUGACGUUGCGCCAUUAUCUUAAGAACGUGAAGUGCUUUUGAAAUGCAACUACAUCUCAUAGCAGUUUCAAUCUUUUUAAAAACAUGUGUGAAAGACAAUGAAGAUAACUUUAGCCGAUUGCUAUGCCGAAGAAGGAUUUAAAAUGACGAUUAAUCAUGAGAAUCUCAAAUUUGAAGAAAAAUCUAUUGACCUGUUUCAAAAUUAUUUGCUUAUUUGUUAGAAAAGACCAAAAUGUUCCCAAACCGCUAACAAGGGCGCCUAAUCAAAUACCUCUUUCUAGCAAUCGGCUAGAGCUAUCUCUAUUAUCUUUCACACACGUUUUUAAAGAGAUUGAAACUAGUAUGAGUUGGAAUUGCAUUUCACAAACGCUUCGUAACUACAGAUAACGGCCGAAUAUCAAGAUUGUCGUCAUGGUGAUAUCGAUUUAACUAAAACUGCAUUAUGACAAACAUCAAUUCAUAGUCAAUCACUGGUGAAAGUUUUGUAGUGAUCGGACAAGGAUAAAAUCAAUUUUAAGGCGAUUAAAAGAUAUUGGUAUGGUCUCCUGAAAACUGUAUCCAAACACCUUAAAAUCCGUUGCUGAACGGACAAGAAUGACUCAAACAUGAACUUGCUGAUGGAUGCAAAAGCGUAGAGGGGUUAAAACCUAAUUACCGGGGCCCAGCCGAAGGCUGGCACCGGUCUUAAAAUGCAGACGGUCCGUUUUUUCAACGUUACAUUGUUAGGGAUAUAUCGCUGACUGAGAUAUAUCGCUGGCUCAUUGAAAUCUUAUCCGCCAUUUUGAAAAGAACUAGGCAUGCAGGACAGUCAAGAGAAAGAUUAUAGCUUUUUGGGGAACGACACGUUCCCCAACCUUUACGAUGCACUAGUUUAUGAGCGAAAAUUUAAGAGUGAAUAUUUGGAGAGACAAAUUUACGAGCGAUCACUUAAGAGUGAACCUUCCAUCGUGAAACUUAUCGAGAAAUUGAGUGAACCUUCCAUCGUGAAAUUUAUCGAGAAUCAAAGCGAACACUUAUCAAAAUUUGUCUUCAAAAAGAUUUCAAUGAUUGACAUACCGAAGUCUUCAAAGCUCCAUCGCUAUGUUAAUAAGGUGAGAAAACUUUAUCAUGCACGAUAUAAAUGUAAUAACAAACGCGAUCCAAAGAUAAUUAACUUGGCUAUACCCAAGAAAGCUUAUUUGUUGUCUUUCUUUAGCAGGCAUUAUCACAGGAUAAUGAAACUAAAAUGUAAAGCACAUCGAUACUUAUCAUUGUUUUCUUGCAAUUGUGUGAGUCAUAUGACCAAUUAUGUGAAUUUCAAACUAAGUAAAGAUGUUGAGAAGAAUCCAGGACCUACUCAAUACAACACUGAUCAUCAUGAAGUAAUAAUUAGACCUUCUAUGCAAAAUCACAGCUCAACAAUGCAGUUGAACUCUCCUAUUUCCUCUGAGAAUUUGAUGCAGUCAAGACUAGGUGCACUUUGUUUACAAUCAAUAGAUGUUGGCCGUGCAGGUGAUUGUUUCUUUAGAUCUGUAUCACAUCAAUUAUAUGGCAGUAGCAACCAUCAUAUGCAGAUACGUACUGCUGGGGUUCAAUUUAUGAGAGACAAUCCAGAGAGAUUUAUUGAGAGCAAUACCGAAAAUUCAUGGCUAAGAUAUCUGAAUAAUAUGUGUAUUCAAGGUACAUGGGCUGAUGCACUUAUCAUUCAAGCAGUUGCAGAUAUGCUACUGUUUACCCAGUUCAGGAAAGAAAUACUUCCUCUACAAUUAUUAUAGGUCAUAUUGAUGAAUGCUACUAUGUAUCAACCCACUGCCUUACAAUCAAGUGCCUCCAUUUCAAUGUGCAAUGAAUUAACAAAUGAUACUCAGUCAUCAAUAAAUAAGCAUUUUAUUAUGUCUAUAUAUAACACUGGAUGACAUUUUUUACAGUGCAAGACAACAAUCCAUGACCACAAAGAUCUAUUUCAAAAAUGUCUUAUGUCUGUUAUCAUUUCAAAUUCACAGUGUUUUCGCAAAAAAUAGAUAAAUGUGAUUAAUAAAUCUCAAUGAUAAACCUGAUGAUAACGUACUUGAGAAAAUGUGAAAUUGUGAUAAUUCUGUAACAAACUUCUUUGCAAACUUUGUCAUUACCAUUCAACCCAAAACUGUCAGUGAUUUUUGCUUUUUCACUCAAACUUAAAAACAAAUGAAAACCUUAUACAGAUCACACUUAUUGACAUCACAGUGUUACUAAAAACACUACUAUAACACAGACCGUUAGCUGUAAUAACACUGAACAAACUUCCAACAACAUCCUCCUUUCUCAUGCAUUUUGUUGCUUUUCUUCUGCAUGAGUUAAUUCAGACUAAGUAUUAGCCUCCACAGAGGAGGGGGGAGGGGUGCGAGAGGUAAACUAUAUCUAUGCAAUCCCGUGUCCCACUGGGCCCUGGUAAGUUCCACGUAGUGGUUCUAGUUUACUUAUCUGCUCCUCACGCACAGGCCCACUAGGACUAUACAUAUUUGGAGGCAAAUAUUUCUUAUACGCCAGAAGCCUUUGAAAAUUAAUUUAGGGUACUCUACAUUUCUUGAAAUGGUGGUAAAAAGUUUUUUUCUUUGCUUUAGAUAUCGAUGAGUGUUCCUCAGGUCACCAGUGUGACAGCAGUGCAACAUGCUACAAUACAGAUGGAUCCUACACGUGCAUCUGUAACAACGGCUACACGGGAGAUGGACGAACCUGUCGAGGUACAAGCCAGAAGCAGAAGUAAAAUAAUUGGCUUCUAACAAGCGUUAAAAAGGCAUUUACGAUACAAGUGAUGUCGUUUAAUUACUUUUAUGCAAAAAAUAAUUAAAAGCCGUCUCUUCUCAGUGGUCCAUUACUAUUAUUUUCGUGUCUCAGAAAGUGCACUUCUAUGAUAUUCAUAAACAAAAAAAAAUGUCGAGCUUAAUAAUAAAUCCUUAUUAUUUUUCAGAUGUCGAUGAAUGCUCUCUCAACACCCAUGAUUGUGACGCGCAUGCAAUCUGCACCAAUACAGAAGGGUCAUUUACUUGCAAGUGCGACCUGCAUCACAUUGGCGAUGGAAAAACAUGCACUCCUCAUCGUAAGCUGAGCUUUUUUCAUGUAUUUAUUUAUAAACAGCUUUAAUUUUUAGAUGGAAGGUGACAAGUUUGAUAACCGUUCAUUUCUAGUAUGUGGAAGGCGUAUAUGGAAACAGUAUACAUACAGCAUUUCAUCAACCGAUUUGGCUCAAAAUAACAACUUCUGCCUAUUCGUACUGUCGAUCAUCUUGAUUUUGCUGUUCUCCAAGAAUAUCCAACUCUCGUUUAAAUGUUUUUAGUGGGUUUGAAAUAUAGUAUAUUUCAAAUCCACUAAAAGCAAGGAAGCAUGAUCGGUUUUGUCGUUUACCUGCUUGGUGACCAUUCAAUGAUAUUGAGAAAGUGCUCCCCGGGAUUAAGGGGUUGCAUUUAAACGCGGGUUAUUCACAUGAGCGGGUUACCUCAAAUACCUGGGGUCCUCCACCUCUAUGUAAACAGGCCCUAAGGCACGCGCAGCUUAACCCGACUGCAGGCUCAACUGUUCAGUGGUCAGAUUCACAUCGUUCCCAGAUUUAUUGGCAUACAACAUCCUUUAAAAUUAAGACGAAUUUCUGACUUACCUUUUCAGGUGGCCUUAGUGACUCCGUUAUUUUAGCAAAUGAUGUCAGCAAGAUCACACAACUAAAUAACUGGCUUCUUCCCCACUUGCAAAGUUCGGACAGAAGUUACUGGAAAUUGUGUUAUAGAGCUUCCAUUCAUGGUUGGAGAUCACAAACCUUUCACACGUACUGCGACAACAAAGGUCCCACUGUAACAAUUGUUAGGGUUGGGAUCUAUAUUUUUGGAGGCUACAACGACAAUUCAUGGCAAUGUAAGUCCGUGAAAUAGCUAAGAUAUCUACCACUAAGGCUUCAACUAGUUGAAUUGAAUUAAAGCCGAGGGAUCGUUUACCCCAAAUGUGAAAAAAAGAAGAGGUGGGGCCUUAACAGUUUUCGUUAGUAGUUUUAAAACAACUCUGGUCUUAAAUAGAUUUUUAAUAUAUAGAUUUAGCUAGGGCUAAAAGCGAAGCUCUCUUUAAUAUUUAUAGUUUCCUCAAAAGUGUAAAAUCGAUUAAUACUAAAGACAAGGUGAAGACAACGAGAACGGUGAAAAACAACAACAAUAAAUCCAAUUAGCAAAAAAGCAACUUUGCACUUGCAGCACACUUUUUUGUACAUUUCCUUGCCGUUGUUUUGCACCACUAAGACCCUGUUUACAUGGAGUGGGGGACCCCGGUCUAGUGGGGUAGGUUUCUUUUGUUUUGUGUCCUCCGGAGCGUGAAAACAAAAGAAACCAACCCCACUAGACCGGGGUUCCCCACUCCAUGUAAACAGGCCCUAAAACGUAAAACUACUUUUAACUUCCUAUUUACACGUUUUAUGGACAAAAUGUUUGUGUUCCUGUUCACUUUUUUUGUUCACUGUCGCUCACUUUCACCUUGGUAGCCGCAAGCAUUUCUCAUUUUCUUCUUUCAACGAAAUUGGUCUCCGUUGUUAUGUAUUUCUACCCUGGUCCCAGAGGUUUUUCUUGAUUUUUCUUCGCGAAAGAGAUCAAGAGCAAGCCGCGAAGCGGCGACAAGGAGUCGCUUUCGCGACGAGGAGAGUGAGAAAAACCUCUGGUUACCUUGGCCUCGAAUCUCACUUUCAUGCAGACGACAGCUGUCAAACGCGUCAAAUUGCUAAUAAAAAGAGUGACCAAUGGCAAUUUAGCAAACACGAGCUUAUCAGCCUCUAUUUUUUUAAGUAGGGGUAGACCCGGGUAAAUUAUGUUAUGAACAAACCAUCUCCACUUGGGUGGUAAAGAGUGAUCUGUUAAUCGGGGUCAAGCUAAAACAUGUGUUAACGAUGGGCGACAAGAGUCCAGGAAUAAGAACACCGCUUUAUAAAGAAACCAACAUUGUUCCAAACGACUGCUGCAGGAUUUGCAGAAUUUAUGUAAAAAUAAGUGGCCGAUCUAAAAUCAACGUUUUUUUGGGUAUAAUAACAAGGAUUUUUCACAAACACUGUCAUCUGUUCUGUCGGCUGUGUACAUGACUCAACGGGAUUAUUUGUCAGAAGUGCCAGAGGGAAGUUGUAAAGUGAAGAGUCUAUCAAUCGCGCUAAUUAUUGUUUACUUCUGCGGGGCGCGCCGUUCGCGUCGAUUCGCGGGCAUUCCCCCCAAAAUAGUCAUAUUAAUAUGUAUUCUGGCAAUCUGGCUCGCAUUUUGGUUUGGCGGCUCUAUUUCCUUUUUUUGUGGAACAACGGCGCUAGGAAGAGUCAUGCAGCACAACAAACCCUUAAGGUUCGGAAUGUACUUUCAGAGGUUUUUGUUGACCCAAUGCUAAAAAUAACGUUGGUUAGAUCUUUAACGAUAAAUAUUGGGCGUCGCAGGAAAGUGCAAGCUGCACCGAAAAUGAUUACGUACUUGUACAAAGUUGUAUGUAUUUUUGCUACAAGGAAACUUUUAUUCCGUAUUCGGAGAUUUAUAUUUUGCUACCCUAAACAAGUUAGUUUAGAGACUCUGGUCGUCAACGUCUGGACUGCUCAAACUGGUUACUGAGACGCCACGGUUUCGCAGUUCGCGGAUAUGCGAGUUCACAAGAAACUUGAGAGGACAGACAACCAAAAUUAUUGCAUGGCGAGGUUUAUGAGUAGCCUCUUAAGGAAAGGUACUUGCAAACAUCAGGUAACGACUGAAAUAUUAUAUUCACCAUUUUAUCAACCGGACAUGGAAAGUACACAUCCUUUCGACUCAACGCGGCGAACAAAGCUUUCUUUUGUUCCUCAGUGAGACUCAGGAAAGCGCUCAUCAAGUACCGAGGUCAAAAUUUCUGCGAAUAUUCUUUCAGGAACAACAUCCAUGUCAAAAUCUUGAAAUAUGGCGUGACUUUACGUGCCUUGGUCCCGUGAAAAUGUUAUUGCGAGUGCAGCAUACCAACAAUUUUCUUCCCUGGUAGAGAGAGGCAAAAUGAGGUGUGAAAAUCCUCAGCGUCCCCUCGGUAGUUACAAUUAAACGAGCCAAUCAAAUUGGUUUGCGUGUUUGAAAAAAAUAUCAACCAAUCAACGCCCGAGGGUCAGAUCCUGACCCUGUCGUCUGCAUGAAAGUGAGAUUCGAGGCCAAGGUAACCAGAGGUUUUUCUCUCUCUCCUCUUCGCUUUCGCGACUUGUUAUCGCCGCUUCGCUACUUGCUCUUUAUCUCUUUCGCGAAGAAAAAUCAAGAAAAACCUCAGGGACCAGGGUAAUGUAUUUCUCGCUCUAUCUCUUUUCCUGCUAUCUAAGUUAAUGUAGACAUUAAAAUUUAGCGUGAAGAAAUACUCGGUUAUUUUUUGUUGAUUUUCUUUUUCUCUCUAAAAGUCCGGGCGGCCAUGUGAUUUACCGCCGAAACGACCGAGGUGUUUGAAAUGCAAAAUUUCACCUCAACUUUAAGAUACUCCUCCCCCUCUCGCAAGAAAAUCUUACCUCGGGUCUUUUCUGUCGCACUUUGUAAUAAUUGUCACACUUUGUGUACCUGUCCCACUUUGUAACACCUUUCUCACUAUGUAAUAACACUUGUUGCACUUUGUUAACUUAAGACGGAUGCUCGGAGGACAAGUAAACCCAAUAAUAAUUAUCAUAAGCGACAAAAACAACAACAACAACAACAAUAAUAAUAAUAAUAAUAAUCAUCAUCAUCAUAAUCAUAAUAAUAAUAAUAAUAAUAAUAACAAUAAUAUUAACGCUCCACUGAACUGCUUUUAGCACCAGUUUCUCAAGUGGGGGCAAAGGAAAGUGACCACAUCAACUGCGGCCUUCCGGCUUCAAGAACUUUGUAGGGAAGUACACCGGUAACCCUUUCUAUGCGGACGACCUCGAGACCAUGAGAUAGUGUCCAUAACAGCAAGAGUCCGUAAUAAUGGGAGUUUGUAUUGGAAUUUAUCCGCUAUCCGUAUUAUCGGGUUGUCCAUAAAAGUAAGGUGUCCUUCAGGCGAAAGAUGAUUGUGUAUUAAUCAAAUUUUUUUGAAAGUUUUACUAGUAGCACGGGCAACAAAGAAAUCCGGUUUCAUUACCUGCGAGGAUAUGAACAGAGAUAUAGCAAAAUGUUAGUGUUUACUGCCAUGAAUAAACGCUAAACUUAUAUUUCAUAAAACCUAAAAACACAAACUCCGAGGCAACACGAUAAAUCAUUAUAAUAAUAAGACAAACAUUAUCAUCAUCAUCAUCAUCAUCAUCGUUAUCGGUAUUAUUACUAUGUGAACGGUUUUCGCUAUGAGAGAAAAAUUAUGGAAUCGGAUUUGGCCAAGAAAUUCAACAAUAUGACUUCAAAAUGACAUCAAAUUAUUUCUUUGUUUCAAUAAAGAGCACAAUAAUACUGUGUUAUUGUGGUGGCUGUAUCGUGAGCGGCUUCGCUAUAAAUAAUAAUCAUCAUCAUCAUAAAACAUUCUCAAUAAUAAUAAAAAUAAUCUAUUAUUAUUAUUAUUAUUAUUAUUAUUAUUAUUGUUAUUAUUAGUAGUAUUACUAUCGCUAAUUAUUUUACUUUUAUUAUCAUUUUUUUUUAUCGAUGCUGAUACUUCUUAUUGUUGGGUUUACUUAUCCUCCUACCAUGCAUUUCAAGGUUAUUACAAAAUGCGGCAAGUGUUAUUAUAAAGUGCGACAAUUUUAUUACAAAGUGCGACAGAACACGCAACAUUGUUGCAAGGUAAAUUUCAUUUUAAACAUUUGCCAUCAGUAUUAUUUGUCUUAAGGCGUACUUUGAAAAACGUUUCUGACAACCAGUCAGCCUGACCAGUAGUUUUGAGUGGCACAAUCUGACACAUUUUCCAUGCAUUCUCGGCGAUGACAACUGCCUGAGUUUCAUCAACUGGCUGUUUUGUCCUUUUGUACAACGGCUUGGCCGUGCGUCUUCUUGUACGAUCAAGGAUCAGGGGUAUCCAAAAAGAUAAAUGUUUGUUCCGCCAUCCCUUUUAAAUUUACUAAUGGAAAAGCUCUGGGGACGAAGUUAGUUGCAACUUAUGAUGCUCCAAUUCAUGAUCGUGAGGAUUUGAGCCUGAUUUAUUAUUUAUUUUACGCAUUAUAUACCACUUUCCUGCUCUCCGUGAUUUACUAACCCACUAUCGUUUCCUAAAAAAAUGGACUUUGAUUUGUACCCUAUAGACUUCGAGUGAGUGCGAAGCUGAAGAUACAAACCUUCUUUAUUUUAUUAUGUGAAUUAUGUUUGAAAAAUACUAGUUAUUAGCAUAAGAAAACAAGAUUUAGAUAAGAAAGCAGAAAUCUUAUGGUUGUAUCAACACAAGGUCCACUCGAGCCUCGUUUCCAUCCAUAGCUGUAAAAUGGUCUAUUGAACUCGACUGAGUUACAAUGGAUCUCUAAUUGUUUGUGUUUUGUUUUUUUGUCUCUUCAGGGUCUGCUGGUUAUCAAUAUUCGACAAAUGCCUUCUUGUACUCACUGAAAAACUACAAAGGGUAUGGAUACUUCAAAAAGGACAUAACCAACGGCUACUAUGACUACGCCACUUACAGCAAAUAUUAUUAUGGUCCAACCUUUGGUGCGGGCUAUGAUAUGCAUAUUGCGGACGAUGCGCGAGGAAAUACCGGUUCUUACUUUAGUUGUCACUCGUACCGCAGGCCUUCUUGCGACUAUAGCAUUUGGGUUGGAACACGAUACGGGAAUAAUUUCCGCCCAGAUGAGUUGGAGGUUUAUUAUGAAGUGCUUGCUUGAAACCGGGCGGCAACGUUAAACAAAGCAAGCAUAAAAAACAAACAAACAAACAGCAACAACAACAAUCACAACAAAAACGUCAACAGAGCAACAAAAAUAAGUCAGAGCAAAAAAUAAAUAAGUAAAUAAAUAAUCAGCUCUGACCGCCUUUUACUAUACCUUUGCUGAGAAAGAAAGCUAACAUCUCUUUCAUGAUAUUUUCAAAGUAACGCCACUGACAUGACAAAAAAGGUGAUUAGCAACUAACGUGUGCAAAUUAUUAUAUUUGGAGCUUUCGCAUUAUCAACAGCAGAAGUUUCAACAACAAAAUGAGGUGUUAAAACACCAACAGGGGUUAACCAUAGCACCACUGGUUUUGUCGUUAUGAUGGACCAGAAGGAAUUUUUUUGUUGGUAGCGUAGUUCCAUGGUAGGAAUUUGCUAUAAGGGAGUGUUUUCGGUUGUUAGAACUUAUCCCUGUGAGUAUUCUUAG